AGACAGCCCCCUAGGUGUCUCACUUCUCUCAGUGUUCAGCGCGCGCGCGCGCGUGUGUGUGUGUGUGUGUGCGUGUGUUUGCGCGUGUGGCUGGACCGGCCUGCUGCUCGUCUGGCUGCGUUGACGUCAGCGCUGAUGUUGAUUUGCUCAGGCGAGGGAAGAGAAAGGAGUUAGUGCGCGUUGAGAGAGCGGCCACUGCGAGCCGCCUUCACGAUGCUGUAGCCGCGCUCCCUCCUUCCCUCCUCCUCCUCCUCCUGCUCCUCCUGCACUGUACGGAAUCAUUAAACGUGCAACUUGGGUUUCGUCUUGUUCACAAAGUUGGCUAAAAACACUGCUGAACGGGGAAGGCCAGCCUCAUGAGUCGGCCUCGUGGAUUGCAUCGGUAUAAUGGAUUUGUCUAAAAUGGGUAUGAUACAGCUCCAAAACCCCAACCACCCCACUGCCCUGCUGCAGAAGGCCAACCAGAUGCGCCUGGCCGGGACCCUGUGUGAUGUGGUCAUCAUGGUAGACAACCAGGAGUUCCACGCUCACCGGACUGUGCUCGCCUGCACAAGCAAAAUGUUUGAGAUCCUCUUUCAUCGCAGCAGUCAGCAUUACACCCUGGACUUUCUCUCACCAAAGACUUUUCAGCAGAUUUUGGAGUACGCUUACACUGCCACGCUCCAGGCCAAGGUGGAGGACUUGGAUGACCUGCUGUAUGCAGCAGAGAUCCUGGAGAUUGAAUACCUGGAAGAGCAAUGCCUCAAGAUACUGGAAACCAUCCAGUCCUCCGAUGACAAUGACACGGAGGUCAACCUUAACGAUGGGAGCACGGAGGAGGACGAUGAGCGCAAAGGCCACAAUGGAGCCAAGAACUCCAAAAAGCAUUCCAUGCAGAGUCCCUAUCUGUCCGGUAGCCAGCAAGUCCCCAUCAUGACCGGCAUGGUGGAUCAAAGUCCCUCUGUCUCCACCUCCUUCGGUGUCUCCACCCUAAGUCCCACCAAAGCUGCUGUGGACAGCCUGAUGAGCAUCGGUCAGUCUCUGCUCCAGCAGGGCUUUGGGGGUGAGCACGUUCUCCAAGGCAACUCCCAACCCCUGAUGACUGAGAUCAAGACGGAAAUGAUGCAAGUGGACAUGGGUGGCAACGGCAACGACAGCCCUCCCAACAUGGAGUCCAGUGCCUCCAGCAAUGGAGAGCGAAGUGGCGAGGAGAGGAACCGAGACGGUCCAGGUACGCCAACCAGGAGCAGCGUAAUCACCAGCGCCCGCGAGCUGCAUUACGUCCGGGACGAAGCCAUGGGCGACCCUCAAGCUGACGGCAGCCAGAUGGGCCUGGAAGCAAUGGCUGGGAUGACGGAGAAACAUCUCGCCUCGCUGUACUCCCUACCUGCCAAUCAUAAAGCAGAUUCCUUCAUGUCCAUGCCGGCGUCCAUGGCGGCAUCCAUGGCCUCUGCUCUCCCCAUGUCCCCAGCCCUGGCAAUGUCUAUGGACUUCAGUGCCUAUGGGGGACUCCUGCCGCAGAGCUUCAUCCAGAGGGAAUUCUUCAGCAAGCUGGGUGAGCUGGCUGUGGGCAUGAAACCAGACGGCAGGAACCAGCAGGAACGUUGCAAUGUUUGCGGGGCAGAACUACCAGAUAACGAAGCCGUGGAGCAGCACAGGAAGAUGCACAGUGGAAUGAAGACCUACGGCUGUGAGCUGUGCGGAAAGAGCUUCCUGGACAGUCUCCGUCUACGGAUGCAUUUGCUGUCUCAUUCAGCUGGUGAGAAGGCCAUAGUCUGUGACCAGUGUGGUGCCCAGUUCCAAACGGAGGAAUCCCUGGAGGCUCAUCGGCAGAUCCACACCGGGUCCGACAUGGCCAUCUUUUGCCUGCUCUGCGGGAAGCGUUUCCAGACGCAGCCGGCGCUGCAGCAGCACAUGGAAGUCCACGCCGGCGUUCGCAGCUACAUUUGCAGUGAAUGCAACCGGACUUUCCCCAGCCACACUGCACUCAAGCGCCACCUCCGCUCCCACACAGCGGGGGACCAUCCAUACGAGUGCGAGUUCUGCGGGAGCUGCUUCCGAGAUGAGAGCACGUUGAAGGGCCACAAGCGCAUCCACACCGGGGAGAAGCCCUACGAAUGUAACGGCUGCGGGAAGAAGUUCAGCCUGAAGCACCAGCUGGAGACCCACUACCGCGUGCACACAGGUGAGAAGCCAUUUGAGUGCAAGCUUUGCCACCAGCGAUCCAGGGACUACUCGGCCAUGAUCAAGCACCUGCGCACCCACAACGGCGCCUCGCCCUACCAAUGCACCAUCUGCCUGGAUUACUGCCCCAGCCUGUCCGCCAUGCAGAAGCACAUGAAGGGCCACAAGCCCGAAGACGUCCCCCCGGACUGGCGCAUCGAGAAGACCUACCUGUACCUCUGCUACGUCUGAGGCCGGGAGAGUGAGCGGAGAGCGAGGGAGGGCGUGGGUGUGUUGGGGGGGAGGCGGGGUCGAGAGGUAAGGGGGAAUGUAACGGAGCCAAUAGGAGGCUGCAGUGGAGGGAUGGCGAUUUAGGAAUGAAACCCGAAAGCAAGAGGGUUUGUUUUUCUCUUUUUUUUUGUCUCUUCUUUUUUUCUUUGCAAACGCGGCGGCGGGGUUAAAGGGCGGUGAUAGUGGGACAAAAAGUGCUAAGGAGAGGAAGACUUGGAAUGCGGAGAGAGUUUUUCCAACAUAGUUCGGAUUCACCGGGUCACUCACUACAUCUGCAAACUGUGUCAUUGAUUCAGGUCAUUUCACGCAGCGGCACAAAGCGAGCGGACUGCCGGCAAGUGACUUUUUCGGAGGGUUCUGCUGCGAGUGAGAAGGCGGAUUCUCAAGGGCUAUCUGAACACGCACAAGCUGGCCAUCACUCCAUUUAGGGGGAAUUAUUAUUAUUUUUUGUUGUAUUUCGAAAUGUUUUUGUUCGCAUUCGCCCUGCUGAGUCAUGUUAGUGUGGAUCACGUGAACAACAUGCCCAUGCGAGCGUCAUACCUUCCAAAAUUGAGGAACUGCUGGCUUUCAGAAGCCGAGACAUGUUUUCCAACAGCGUUGCCGCUCCAUACAAACUGAAUUAAAUAAACGUACGCUGGCAAGUUAGAAUAAACUGCUUUGGGCGACCAUCCCCGAUGGGAGAUUCAUCUGUUUUGCAACUUCCAGUCAUUUCUACCUACACAGAUCGUCCCCGUUUUGACAGAAAUCUGCCAGUGUGAGCUGUUUAUACAUGAGAUCCUUCGGAUCCCGGCGGCGGCGGCGGUGAGAUAGCCCCUGAGAAUCUGCAUCGCACCUCGUGGGCGGAUGCAGCAGAUGAGACGGUUGAACUGGAUGAACGGGAGCACUAAAAUAGUGCAAUCAAAGCACCUGUUUUGUUUGUCUAGUGCUGCUUUUUUCGUUGGAAGUCUCCCCUGGUUUUGUCGGCAGUCUUCCUGGACGUGCGUCUCGGCCGGACGAGGGCCGGCUGGGGGGGGGGGGGUCGGGGGGUCACCACUGGCUGUUCUCCCCAGGGAGCCGACUUAUGUCACUUUUCAAUCUUGUAUUCUUAUUUUCUUUUUAGCUCUGCCUCGCAGUUUAUCAUGGCUUGAUUGCACAGGUACAACAAAUUACGACAACAGUCUCUGUUUGACGUCUGCAAGUUAUAUAAAUAUAUAUAUUUUCCAUUAAAUGAUAACUGGCUAUUACAGUAUGCCACAUUAAACCCAGCAUAUCCACCUACUCAGCUACCACUUGUAUCCACAUCCAUUUAACCAGACGACUAUCAAUAUCUCACACUAAUGAACUACACAAACUGACACGUAAACAGUAACACUUUGUAACGCCGCGACAGGUCUCUCCGUUCGCCACAGGGACGGAGGCCAAAAUGAGGAAAUUAAAGGCUGCUUUCCGUAGGAGUCCCGUGACUUCGAGCGCUCGUUGUGAAUGUUGAGGAAGGGCUGGGGAGGCCUUAGCCCCCCCCCCCCACUCCCCUUUGUGUGUGGCAUCAAAACGUGAAUGUGAAUGACUGUGACGCAGAGCGGGUGGAUUGCUGCCUUUCAAUGCGAGUCAGAAAACCGGAUUUCCCAUCUCAGAGGUCCUCGUUUACUCUCCUCGCCUUGCGCUGGCUCAUAUGUUUUUCCCCCCCAUCCGAUUAGAAUGGUAAAAAAAACGGUUCGACUGGAGGGCUGGAACGGGUCUGAUAAUCAAGGCAGUGAGGAUCUUCAAAUUAAAAAUGUCAUGCAUAAGGUGGGAUUGCACCAUUCUUUUUUUUUUUUUAUGAUAAGUCCCCUGUGUAGUAGUGCAUCAGCUGAAAUCAUGACCCACAGCCGUUUGCGUUAUCCGAGGGCCCUUUGUUGUAGUUGCUUAGUUUAAAUGGUGCACAUCUUCCCCCCCCUCGUUGACAUGACGCGUGCCGCCUGUCGCUAGAAGGCUCAUUUUGUUGAGAAGGAGGUGGGAAUUUCUGACGUCUCUGAAACGCAACAUUACACCCGGAUGACCAUUACGGUUGAACCCACGGCUUUAAUGAGCAUCACUGCAUGUCACAGCGUUACCGCGGCGAUCACCUAUCCAAAUAGCCAGUGGAGAAAAGGGGGAAAUCACUGAUAGGACCAGACACACUGCCCAGCAGCUUAGUGGGGGGGCGACCAGUAAGACGACAGAGUAAAUCAGCUCUUUCUCUGUGUUUGUUUUCCCUGCGCUCCGUCUGUCUCGUCUCCCGUCGUUGAUGAUGAUGAUGUCGUUGUUGCUGUUAUUGCUGUUAUUGCUGUUGUUGUUAUUGACCUUGAGUUUGAUCUUGACACAUCGUACUUGAAUUACUUUCUUUUGUGACCUCAUGUUGCUUGUGUGUUUUAAUUUUCCCUUUUUUAUUUCAUUGAGUGUACAUCGGUAAAAGAUGCAUUGCACGACGUGAUGAGGCAAUGUGCGCGCAGAAAAAUUAAGUGCCACGGUGAAGAGAUUUCUUUUGUCGUUAUGUAUUUCUUUGUGCAUUAUUUGUUACCAAACUUGGUAUUAUUAACCCUGCUUGUUAAAGAGCCGGAAGGUUUGGUCGUUUGUUAUAAAAGCUACCUCUAAGUUGUCUUCAUUUUUUGGCAAAAGCACAUUUUUUUGUGUUUUGCAUUAUUUCUUCAUUGCUACUUCAUCUCAUGCUUCUUCUUUUUUUUUUUUUCAAAAGUUGAUUUAUGAUUGUCUGCGUUUUUUAAGCAAAAUGUAUAUAAAAGCUUGAGAGAUAACAAAAGUAGAGGUUGAGAGGAUUUGGAAAGUAAUUCAAAUGGAUGUUUAUUCUCCUCUUAUAGUCUCCCCUUGCACCUCCAACCACGGAAGAGCAGAGAAAAAAAAAAAAGCAAUUUUGAAGCCUUAAGUGAUGAGUAACAGGGAUGCGGCAGAUAAGAGGAAGGGUUUAAAAACAAGAAUUAAAACUUGAAAAUAUGUGAAUAGAAGUGUAGUUUUGUAAUGUGAAAAAAAAAAAAAAGAAAGCAGGUUCAUCGGGAAGCGCUGCACCGCCCAGAACAGGUCGUAUUUGCAGUGAUGCAGAGUGCGUUGGACAAUUGGAACUGCAAGUCGUAAUCAAAAAAGAAAAAACCAGAAGGUUAAAAAUAGAGAUUGCCUCGGCUGACAAGCUCCCUUGAGAAAUGAGCGUAUUCCUGAACAAGAGCCAACAAAGGCAAUUUGAUAUAAAAAAUUGUGAUAUUUUUGUAUUCAGUGUCGGUCCUUUUUUCCAUUUGUGGAGGGUUACAGCAGGGCACAAAUCUUUGUAUUUCUUUUUUUUUUUUACCUGUUUUUUUUUCUCUCUCUGGGUGUGAAUCAUUUUUGCCUUGCUCCUCUUUGAUAUUGUUGGACAAAAAAACAUGUGUGUGAACAUAUUGUAAUAUUAAGUGUUGCUUUCUGGAUGUCAAUUGCAUUGUAGGUGAAGGACUAAAUCUAACCGCCACACAUUUUACAAGUUUAUCCGUAUGUGACAAAGUAAACAAGAAAAAGAAAGAGCAAAAAAAAAAAAAAAAGUAUGAUAAAAUACGGGGCGCCAGGAGGAGGAGGAGGAGGGCGAAGGGGGCGCCGCUGCCUAACCGACCAAUUAUUACUUGUCAUUUACAACUUUUCAAUCAAACUUGACUGUCGACAUGUCUUUUUGUUUUUGUAUUUGGAAAAAAAGAAGAAGGGAUGGCACGUCCCGUGGUGUCUUGCCAUUUUAUUCUCAAACACUGUGAGCUGAGGGGCUUUUUUUCCCCCCUCGUACGAUAUCCACCCACUAAAGUGUACCCAGUCUGAACCACCACGAUGCAAGACCUGAUCAGUCACAUUAGUCCUCUCAUCGUCCUCUGAAUGUUUUCUACUUUCUCGUGCGGGUGAAAGAGUGCGUAAAGGAGUGUGUAACUAUGUGUGUGCGUGCGUGUGCGUGUGUAUUAGUGGGAAAAUGCACUAAUCAGAUCGGAUACAGAAUAAAAUGAUACUCUAUGCCACUUUUUUUUCUCUAUGUUGGAAAAAAAUAUACAGUGUGUAUAUAUAUAUAUAUACAUUGGCAUCGAUAUAGUUCUUCCCUCAGUGUUCCUCCGAUGUUUCUGUACUAUCUUUGUGCCUAAAAAUGGAAUUUGUUCAACAAAAAUAUCCAUCUAUAUCUGCUUAGGUUCCGUAUUUUCAGAAGAAAAUAAAAGUGGUGUCUCCAGCACCCUAGGGAUGUCAUGACGCUCGAAAAUGACCCAAUUCUUCUUUUUUUUUUUUUCUUUCUUUCUUUCUAAUAAAGAGCAGGCGCAUCCUUUUCAAGGACCGCAAUAAACCCUCAAACGUCAUCGAGUCACAACUCCGAUUCUGCAUUCUAUUCGUUUCUCGGGCCAAAAUCAUUUAUCCAGCGACACAUAACAAACAUCGGGGAGAUUCAGUGGAAGCCGGGCCGGCUGCCAGAGGCAAGAAUUGUGUGCACUAAAUCUGCUCCUUGAGUGUUUUUCUGCAAGCACACAAAGCCCCCACUCCCCCCCCCCCUCUGGUUCUCCACUCGGAGGGUCUAUUCUACUUUUUUUUUUUUUUUUGUCAGCAACAAGUUUGCUGAUGAGAACUUUGUACUUCUCUUGAAAGCAUUAAAGUAAAAGCAAGAAAACCUCCAUUGGGUGGGUUGGCAGUUGGGUUUUACCCUUCGGCUUUGCUUCAGUUUUUUUUUUUUUCCUACAAAACGCAUUGAGAAGGGGGGGGGGGGUGUUGAAAUGUGUCAGAGAGGAAUCAUGGCAUCCCUGGAGCUGGCACUCUGUGUUUCGGUGUGGUGUUUCUAGAACAAAGCAGCCAUUUCAUGCAGUGUUGCGAUGCAUGUGCCAUCGAGGUCUAGACUAAAAACUGUUUUGAGUAACAAAGCACCCAGACGUUGUAUUUUUUUAUAAUAGCACUGAGGACCAAUUGCCCUGUCGGACCAAGCAUAACAAAGCUUUUUAUGUAACAAAGCUUUUCUCUCUGUCGUUCCCCGGCUUGUCUGUGCUACUUCUCUCCUCCAUUGUCGUGACAGCACAAGUGCCAGUCAAGUUGCUCUGUAUUAAGAAAAUAGUGUUUUUGUUAUGAUUUGAAUUGUUAUAGUUUUUGUCUACCUCAGCACCUAAUCUUAGCCUAAUCUUAGAAGGUGCCCAAUUAUUAUUUUUUUAUUUUCUUUAAUUUGUUCUAUUGUUGUCAGUUGUGUACUUUUGUUGAAUUUGCAUUAGAGCUUUGCAAAGGUCCUUUGUCUUUUCCAGCGACAACGUGCUAUUUUUUCCCGUGGCAGUACGUUUCCUGUUGAGCUGUGCCACCAAUCUAUAGCCACCGUCUGUUGAUAUAGAGGUUGUUCUUUUUUGUUUUGUUUUUCCAUGUAGAAUCAGACACCUCUCUUUGUAACAUGUCAGUGUUCUCUGAUGGAGUGUGAAAAAAUAAAUAAAAAGGAAAAUAAAAGAUUUAAUGCUGCAGGUU